AUGAAUCAUACUAUGCAGUCAAAUUUUCCUCCCCAAGUCCCCAUCACGCAAGCGUCUGCCUCAUUUCCUCCGUCCACUUCGACCCUCGAUCCGUCAGUCGACCCAGUAGCCAUGGCAGAACAGUCGCAACAAACCCUCAACAUCCCAUCCAACCCAAACAACCAGCCCUUCCCCUCUCCUUUGCAAACCGCCGCAGCCGCCUGUGCUCCGCAGUCCACCUUGUCCCAAACUCAAGCGUUGCCCCAGACGUUGAACAAUACAUCUCAUGCCGAGGCGCUGGCCGUGGCACCUCCGGCUGGCAAUACCCAAGCCAUCCCGCAGUCAGGCGCCGCGCCCGUCUCGCAAUCCGGCCCUGAUCAAUACCCUCACCGGAUCGACAGCCUGGGUGGGCCGACAGCCACCGCUCCCUUUCUGCAGGACUUUAAUCUCGUCGCCGAAGCAGCCAAGCGUGCCCAGAUGGGGAUUGUUAUGCGUGAUCUCGAAAGCGUCACUCUAUAG